AUGGCGUGGCUUCUGAUCUUGUUCCCUAUUGUGGGGUUCUUAGCGGUAAUUGCAGUAUGCCUCUGGAGCCUCUGCGGCGGCGAGCGGGCGGCAGAAGCGAACGCACCCGGACGACGAUUGGGCCGAUUGGCCGAGGUGAUGGCGGCCAUUGAACGGGCGGAGCAGAUGAGGCCGGCGACGGUGGCGCCAGCGCCGGAGCUGAUGGUGGAGCUGGGGUACUUCCCGUACUCGGCGGAGGGCAGGCGGGCGUCGGAGAGGCUGGUGUGCGCGAUCUGCCUGGAGGAGCUCCAGCAGGGACAGGCUUGCAGCGAGGUGCCGGUGUGCCGGCACGUGUUCCACCGGGACUGCAUCGACGCGUGGAUGAAGAGCCAGACCACCUGCCCGUUGUGCAGGCGGAAUAUCGCGGCCGGGUCAGAACGAGUAUCGGCUGCCAUUGACAUGGUUUAG